GGAAUCAGCUGCCAGUUUACUGCAAUGUUGAAAACUGCACGAGUUUCUGGGAUUGGCAUCAAAAUGCUAAUUUAAAAGGUCGAGUGAAACGGCGGCUCACGUUUUCCCUGCCUGCACCCUCGGCAGAAAGAACAAAGAGCCAGCCAGAGGAGACCAGAGGCUGAAACUCACCCCAAAUCUGUUUUCCUGAGAUCAUUUUGGAACCAUGCCUGAAAUGCCGGAGAACAUGGAACAGGAGGAAGUUAAUGUCCCCAAUAGGCGUGUUCUGAUUACUGGUGCCACUGGACUUCUUGGCAGAGCUGUGUACAAAGAAUUUCAUCAGAAUAAUUGGCAUGCCGUUGGCUGUGGUUUUAGAAGAGCAAGACCAAAAUUUGAACAUGUUAAUCUAUUGGAUGCGAAUGCGGUUCAUCACAUCAUUUAUGAUUUUCAGCCCCAUGUCAUAGUACACUGUGCAGCAGAGAGAAGGCCAGAUGUUGUAGAAAAUCAGCCAGAUGCUGCUGCUCAACUUAAUGUGGAUGCUUCUGGGAAUUUAGCAAAGGAAGCAGCUGCAAUUGGAGCAUUUCUAAUCUAUAUUAGCUCAGAUUAUGUUUUUGAUGGAACAAAUCCUCCUUAUAGAGAGGAAGAUAUACCAAGUCCCUUAAAUCUAUAUGGCAAAACAAAAUUAGAAGGAGAAAAGGCUGUUCUGGAGAACAAUUUAGGAGCUGCUGUUUUGAGAAUUCCUAUUCUGUAUGGAGAAGUUGAAAAGCUGGAGGAGAGUUCUGUGACCGUUAUGUUUGAUAAAGUGCAGUUCAGCAAUAAGUCAGCGAACAUGGACCACUGGCAGCAGAGGUUCCCAACGCACGUCAAAGACGUAGCCUCCGUGUGUCGUCAGCUAGCAGAGAAGAGAAUGCUGGAUCCAUCAAUUAAGGGAACUUUUCACUGGUCUGGAAAUGAACAGAUGACAAAAUAUGAAAUGGCAUGUGCAAUUGCAGACGCCUUCAACCUCCCCAGCAGUCACUUACGACCAAUAACUGACAGUCCUGUCUUAGGAGCCCAACGUCCAAAAAAUUCUCAGCUUGACUGCUCCAAAUUGGAGACCUUGGGCAUUGGCCAGCGAACACCGUUUCGAAUUGGAAUCAAAGAGUCACUCUGGCCCUUCCUCAUUGAUAAGAGAUGGAGACAAACGGUCUUUCACUAGUGUAUGUGUUGUCUUUUUUUUUUUAACGAUAGAGUAUGUGGCACUUUCUAAAGGAAAUAGUUUUGUAUGAGUGCUCUUUAGUUGUGACUUAGGAUCUUUCAGGUAAACGAUGCUCUUGCACUAGUGAAAUCGUGUAAAGAAACUGAGGUCAAUAAUGCCUUGCUUGAUGUAAUGAUGCUUCUUUUUAUCAUUUUGUUUGUUCUGGCUUAAUUUGCUGUUUGAAUGUAGUAGAUUAUGAUUCUUCAGUAUUUGUGAGCCGGGAUGAAACAGAUCUGCUGUAGACUUUAUUUUUGAGGGAGUGGGGAUGAAAUGCAUUGUUCAUUCCUCAAACCUCUACAUUUUCAGGACUAUUGCAACUGUUGACCCUUUUCUGUUUUAAAGUGUUAAAUACUAUGAAAAUCAUUGGUGUUCAUUAUUUUCUUUGCUUGAGCCCAGAUCAAAAUGUUUGAAGAAAGAAACUUUAUUUUUGCAACUUAAGUGUGGUUUUUAUGCUUGAGAUAUUUCUACAUGUCAUGUAUAUUGUCACUCCUGCAGCUCCAUGCCUCCUGCUUGUGUAGCAGUGUAUGGUGAACACUUGAAAGAGAAUGUGUGUAUGUGUCUGUAUUUUUAAAUAUAUAUAAAACUGUUGUUUUCACUCCAUGUCACUAAGUGAUAUUUCAUAUGUAUGGUUAUACUGAUAAUAAUGGGCCUUGUAAGUCUUUUGACCAUUCAAAAUAAUAAUAAAUGUGUACUACUGGCAUGGGAA